AUGGCAUCGGUACCUUCUGUUGGUUGCCUCCUGGCCAAAAACCAGUAUUAUCGGAAGCCCAGUAUUUCUUCAGUUAGCUCUGACUCUGUUAACUUCAUAGAUGAAGACAAGCACCUUCAAGGGUUACCUGAUAUGGCAGAAUCCACCUGGUGGCUCAAAUCCUUUUUUCAUUCUGAACCUGUGCUUUCAACUGAAAUAAGAAAAGAACUGUUGGCUAGCGGAAUCAAUUUUUAA